GAAAUUUGCGGUACAGACUACUAUAGCUAUGCUGGAGAUUGUGGGACAUUGUAGAUAAAUACUUAGUUUGUUACUUAAGUACUACGUGGUUUCUUGAUGUCUCCAACUCCAUCACUUACUGAGUAUUUUAUCGAGUGGAUUAUAAGGUUUUGAGAAUGAAUUCAGAAGUUCACAAACCCGGAACAAGGUAGAACUAAACCACUUUCAUUCUUUUUUUUGAAGUAGAAUUUUCAAAAAGUCUACACCAAAUGGAAAGGUGGUUUCUGUUUUACAUUUCUAAUUGAUCAGUUGACAAUUUAUUUAGGGAAGAGAGACUUCAUGGAUCAUUUGACACACGUGGAUCCCAUUGAGGGUGUUGUAUUAGUGGAUCCAGACUACGUGAAACAUAGAAAGGUAUUUGUUCAUCUUUUGGGUGCGUUCUGGUAUGGUCGGGAUGAAGUCGAUUUGCUUGGACUGAAUUACCAUAAAGAUCUUUGUCUCAUGACUAAACAAGUGUAUCCACCAUUUGGCUCCAAGCUAUUAAAGUCGCAUAUACCAAUUCUACUAUCUGAAAAUGGAGACACCACUGAGCUCUCAUCGAAUUUACUUCACAAAUUCACUGAACCUCCGGGACGCACUCGAUUACAGGAACGUUUGAUUAGGAAACUUGGUUCGAAUGCUUUUCCUUUCUACUUCCAGCUCCCGGCUUAUUCACCGGCCUCUGUGUCCAUACUCCUGAACCCAUCUGAUCGUGGAAAGCGUUGUCGAGUUGAGUACGAAUUAAAAGUUUAUGUAGCGGAUGAUCAAGAUGAUAAACCACAGAAAAGGAAUUCCGUACGUAUGGCUGUUCGUAAAUUGACAUAUGCACCUAAUGAACCAGGUCAACAACCAUCAGCUGAAUUAUCACGAGAUUUUCUCAUGAGCGUGGGUAGUCUUCGAGUAGAAGCUACUUUAGAUAAAAAUAAAUAUUUCCAUGGAGAGAAAAUUUUUGUCAAUUUACUUGUGGAUAAUAAUUCGAAUAAAACAAUUAAACGUGUCAAAUUGUCAGUUCGACAAUAUACUCAAGUUUAUGUACAAAGUCCUAUUCAUUUCAAAUGUUCUGUUGAUGAAAUUCAGUCGGAGGAACGCUUUCCUAUUCUACCUAGCCAAACUGGUUGGUGCAAAGUUUAUCGUCUGUGUCCGACGUUAGCCUGUAAUCGUGACAAAAUCGGUGUUGCAAUGGAUGGAGAUUUAAAACAAGAAGAUACUAAUUUAGCCUCUUCUACAAUUACUCCUGCCAAUUCAACUAGUCGGGAAUUAGUUGGAAUUAUUGUACAGUACAAAGUGAAAAUACGAUUAGUUCUUGGAUUUGGCAUUAGUGAUGUUUGCUUAGAAUUACCGUUCAUUUUAACACAUCCGAAUCCAGAUUCCUCUAACUUAAAUGGUGAUCGACAAGAUGAUGAGCUUAUUUCAUCUAUCACAAGUGAACCAUCAUUAAGUGAAAAAACAUCAAAUAAAGGAAGAAUAACAAAUUUAGAAAGUGUUAAACUAAAUCCAGACACAUCUGAAAUGAGACAAUCAAAUGCUGUUAUGAAUGCAACUCCAUUAAGUUUACAAAAUACUACUAUACCACAAAUUGAUCCUAGUUUCCCGAAUUCACAACAAAUUAAUCCCAUUGACUCUAAUCAUUGUAAUAUGAAUCAUCAUGUGAAUGAAUCAGCUCAGACUCCGCAAUCUUUAAAUAAAGCAGUUUGUUCUUAUUCACCACCUGUAUGGGAUCGUAAUUUCCAUUUGAUUUUCUCCGGUUUACGAUCAUCAGCUAGACGUCCGUCUACUGUUGGUACACAAUCUACCUUAAGUGAAGAUGAUUUAUUAUUUGAAGAUUUUGCUCGUUUUCGUCUACAAUCUUAAUCAUCUGUUCUAUUGGCCCAUAGUCUCUAAUUUCUUUUUUUUUUCAUUACAUUCAUCUACCUAAAUUUCUGUUCCUUCUUUAGUUUACCAUAUUUUCUCAUCAUUUUUAUCGUCUGUUUUUCUGUUUUUUUUUUACAUUUCAUCGAUUUUUCUUACCUAAAUAUAUUCCUCUUGUAAAUUCCUAUCUUAAAUUAUGUUUGUAUUUUUUAACUAAGCGCAUAUAAGUUAAGUUGUCUAUUCAUUGAAAUGUAUCUCUUGUUCCUGUUCUUGUUUUGUUGCAUAAUUCACGAUUAGCAUUGCACAGACAGUUGUGGAUGGAAUUUGUAAAAUGGUCUUUUUUAAGCAGAUAAAUCAUACUAAUUCUAUUGUUCUCUACAAAAUGUCUCCUUUUUACACUACCCCACUCCACCUCACCCUCAUAUUUUUAAACAAUUCAACAAAAUAAUAAUAUUGACGUUAAUAAUACCUCGGCACCAAAAGAUUCUCAUCAUUAAUUAUACAUUAUUCUUGUGUUAUUCAAUAUUGCUUAGUACUAUGAUUGUUA